UCGGACCUACUUUUCUGAAUUGUAUACUACAAAGUUUAAAACAAUAUCAAGAAGCUAUUGAAUGUUACAAUCAGGCCCUUUUUAUUAAUCCAAAAUUUGAUUUAGCCUGGAAUAACAAAGGAUCUGCAUUAUAAAAAUUAAAUCAAUAUUAAGAAGCAAUUAAUUGUUACAAUCAAGCUCUUUCUAUUAAUCCAAAAAACGAUUCUGCAUGGUAUUAAAAGGGCCGUGCAUUAGACACUUAGAAUUAAUCCCAAGAAGCAAUUGAAUGUUAUAAUGAAGUUAUUUCGAAAAAUCCAUAACAUGAUUCUGCUUGGUUUAGAAAGGGUUUGGCAUUACAAAAUUUAAAUCAACAUCAAGAAGCAAUUAAUUGUUACAAUUAAGCUCUUUCCAUUAAUCCAAAAAGAUUUUCUGCCUGGAAUAAUAAAGGGUUGAUAAUACAAAGAUUAAAACAAUAUCAAGAAGCCAUUGAAUGUUACAAUCAGGCCCUUUUUGUUAAUCCAAAAUUUGAUUUAGCCUGGAAUAACAAAGGAUCUGCAUUAUAAAAAUUAAAUCAAUAUUAAGAAGCAAUUAAUUGUUACAAUCAAGCUCUUUUUAUAAAUCCAAAAAACGAUUCUGCAUGGUAUAACAAGGGGCGUGCAUUAGACACUUAGAAUUAAUCCCAAGAAGCAAUUGAAUGUUAUAAUGAAGCUAUUUCGAAAAAUCCAUAAUAUGAUUCUGCAUGGCAUAGCAAGGGAUUGGCAUUACAAAAUUUGAAUCAAUAUGAAGAAGUACUUGAAUGUUACAAUAAAUCUAUUUCUAUUAAUUGUUAGGCUCGUAAAUCAUUUGAAAACAAAGGGGUCAUCUUACACUCAUAAUAGAAAUAUAUUGAUGCUAUCUCAAAUUUUGAUUAAGCAUUAAAUAUAGAAAUUUAUGCUCUUGGAUUUAAACUUAAAGCUGAUUCAUUAUUUGAAUUACGAAGAAAAUCAGAAGCUAAAUACUUUUAUUUGGCUGCAUUGGAACUUGGAUUAAAUCAAAAUGCAUCUAUUAGAACUUAACUAUUGAAGUUAUGA